CAGGAAAAGAGACGAAGACAAAGGGUGACCGGUGUGCACCCGAUGCUUCAUGGGUACGGAUUCAUUUCUCAUCGCUCAGAAUUCCAACUCUCUGUUCUCUUAAGGAUUGUGAACCCUUCCAUGAUUGACAAUGACGCAGUGGAGCUAAAGGCCGCCACCCAAACUGUCUGCUCACAUCCGGAGUCUAAACAGUAAGGCCGAUCACCAGCAACCAUGGCUAAGAGCGCAGAGGUCAAACUGGCCAUAUUUGGGAGAGCAGGCGUGGGCAAGUCAGCUAUCGUAGUGAGAUUUCUGACCAAACGAUUCAUCUGGGAAUAUGAUCCAACCCUCGAAUCGACCUACCGACACCAGGCGACCAUCGAUGAUGAACUUGUUUCUAUGGAGAUCCUAGACACCGCUGGCCAGGAAGACACUAUCCAGAGGGAAGGGCACAUGCGCUGGGGGGAAGGCUUCGUGCUGGUCUACGAUAUCACUGAUAGAGGGAGCUUUGAAGAAGUGCUGCCGCUGAAGAACGUCUUAGAUGAAAUCAAAAAGCCCAAAAACGUAACUCUCAUCUUGGUCGGAAACAAAGCAGACUUGGACCACUCCAGACAAGUGAGCACAGAAGAAGGGGAGAAGCUGGCUACAGAACUGGCUUGUGCGUUUUACGAAUGUUCGGCCUGCACGGGAGAAGGGAACAUCGCCGAGGUAUUCUAUGAGCUCUGUCGCGAGGUGCGUCGCAGGAGGAUGGUGCAAGGCAAGACAAGGCGACGCAGCUCCACCACACACGUCAAGCAAGCGAUUAACAAGAUGCUCACCAAAAUCAGUAGUUAGAGGCCCUGCCAAGGUGUGCCGAAAAAUGGGAAGUCCUUCCUGGCUCUUCUUUUGCCCUUCCAAACACGAGCAAAGUAUUCUAUUCCUUAUUCUGACUUUGGGAAACGUCAGGGUUUCUCCCGGUUUCCGGUCUGCUUUCUGCUGGGACGUUCUCGAGUGUCUUCUGUGGUCCCAUGCUGUGACGGUCUCUCCUUUUCCUGCUUGCGUAGGAUCCGUGCUAGAGUAGUUUGAAGUUGUAACCACCAAAGAUGCUGCAGUGGCUGGGUUCGUGGACGCUAACUUUAGGCUUAAAUGAGGUGAAGUCUUUUCAAAGGCAGUUUAGGAUUCUGCUUCUUGUGGAAGACUACAAAGGUCACCAUAGGUUUUGGGAUGUCUGCUGAGGAGUUGAGAAGGUAGCUGAGUGGUUGGAGUGGGGAACAGAACUCUAGUUCCCAUUUGAAGUGAGGUUUUAUUAUUGAUGUUGUUAUUGUUAUCUUUCUUAAAUUAUGCAGUUUUUCUUUAUUUCAUUUUUAGGUUGAAAUGUUAUCACAGAUUUUUGUUUUUGUAAUGUAACUGUCCAUUUCAAUUCAAGUUGGUUCUCUCACUGAUCU